CAGGCGCGAGGGGAAAGCGCGGGGCCGCGGCGGCUGCUCGAGAGCUGGCGGUCGGCUGGCGCGGCCGCUCCAACCGCUCAUACCGCAAUUCACGGAAAAUUAGGCGAUCGGUCGGCCGAUGAGCGCCGCUGGACGCUUCCCACCGGACACCGACGACCACCGACACCGACUUGCAUGGGCCGCUGCUUCCAGUGAACGCGUCCGACAUGGACCUCAGGCCGCUCGUCAUCUGCAUCAUCCUUGUGUCGCCGGUCACAGGACUCUGGUGGGCUGUCAGUAACCAGGUGUUGGCCGACCCACACAUAAUUUGCCGCCGAACGAAGCGAUUGCGACCGAAAGUAGCAGACACGUGCCGCAAAGAGAUAGAAACAGGCUUAUUGAAGGAGUUGGCGAAAGGGGCCCAGUUGGGUUCAAAGGAGUGUCAGUUCCAGUUCCGUAACCGCCGCUGGAAUUGCACCACUGCCAAAAAGAGCAUCAGACUGGUCCUCAUGAGUGACACCAGAGAAAGUGGAUUUGUAAACGCAAUUACUGCUGCGGGGGUAGCUUUCGCGGUCACAAGGGCGUGCUCCACUGGGUCAUUGAUGGAUUGCGGCUGUGACAGUAAAUUAAAAUACAAAGACACUGAAGACGGCGCGAGCAUGACAUCCCCCCAGAAGCACAGAGUCCACAAGCAAAAAGGCAAGGGACGGAAGGGCAACAAACAGCGGAAAGAGGCUCUGAAGCAAUCUGAGGGCACCACCGCCACGGAGUGGAGAUGGAAUGGGUGCGGCGACAACAUCAACUACGGCGUCCGCAAGUCCAGGGAGUGGAUGGACGCGCCCUAUCGCAGGCAGAGCGAUAUUAAAACCCUCGUUAUGUUGCACAAUAACAAUGCGGGAAGACUGGCAGUGAAAAACUACAUGAUAAUAGAGUGCAAGUGCCACGGUCUGUCGGGGUCAUGCACAAUGCGAACCUGCUGGAGCAGAAUGCCAACAUUCAGGGACAUUGGUCACCGGCUAAAGGACCACUUUGAUGGUGCGAUCAAAGUGCUGCCCUCUAACGAUGGUAGGAGUUUUUUGGCGGCCGGCGACCCUUCCAUCAAGCCGCCUGGAAGGGAGGACAUUGUCUACUCGGAGGAUUCGCCCGAAUUUUGCAACCCCCACCCGCGAACUGGCUCGCUGGGUACGCAGGGGAGGGUCUGCAACGUGAGCAGUGCAGGGGUGGGAGGGUGUGACCUGCUAUGCUGCGGCAGAGGACACGACACCAAGCAAAUCAAACACGUGUACAACUGCGAUUGCCGCUUCAAGUGGUGUUGCAACGUGACCUGCAACACGUGCCAAGAGAAACGAUCCCUCCACACGUGCCGAUAGGCAACUGGUGUGUCGUAUCACGCGUGCCUAAAUUUGGUUGCAUAACUUUCGAUUGAUCUUUGUUGGAGCCACCGAGGAAAUACGUAAAGCAGAACGAGUAAACGGCGUGAAAUUGUGCGAAUGGCGAGUCAUUAGCUUUAGGACACGUGCAUUUUAAUGAGUAGGCCGCUUUUUGUGCUAGCAAAUCCGCCAAUGUCGACGCACGCAGUGCCAAUAACUUACUUUCUGCUUUGAUCGAUUCUACUUAAUUUUAAGAUUAUAAACUGACUAUCGAUGUAAUUGUACACUUAUGUAUUCCUAUGGAUGUGAUCAUUUGAUAGAAUUGGCAUUUUAUAUGUUCAUGAUUUGCAGUAUUUUUUUCCAAAUUUACUCGUUCCUGCCCUUUAACUGUGUCACAAUGAACUUGAAAUUUGACGGAGUUUCUGGUCCAAUAGCCACUUUGUGUACUAAUUUUUCCUCUAGAAUUACGAUUCAUUGUGAUUGCCAGAGAUUAAGGAGAAGAAAAAAAUUCACUGUCAGUAGUGUUAACAACAAUAAAGGGCCAUAUUUCAUGUUAAUUUGA